UUGUGGUUGUUGAUUUUCUGCCAUGGCUGAAAACACGGGGGAAGGAGGUAACGUGAAAGAAGAAGGAUAUUUUUAUCGAGAACGAAUAAAAUGUUCCCCCGAAGAGGAAGCAAGACUCGAAAGACAACACUUUUGGAAAGUUAUCGAUGCAUUUAGAUAUUACAGAGUUCAUGUGCAGGAGCGGGUGAACCGGGCAGAGCGGCAGUUCCGGUGCCUUCCCCAGCACCACCAGCAGCUUCUCUCACAGUUCCUGCCCAACCUGGAAAGGAUCCGCCACUGCGUGGACCACAACCAGGAUGUGCUGCAGGCCAUCAUCCACAACUGCGUCCACAUGUUUGAAAACAUGGAGUAUGGUGAAUAUGAUGAUCAGAGAAAGAUGCGGCCUUCCUCCACGUUUGACAUGGACAAGCUCAAAUCUACCAUCAAGCAGUUUGUAAGGGACUGGAGCGACACAGGCAAGGCUGAGAGAGACUCCUGCUACAUGCCACUCAUUGAGGAGAUACAGAGACAAUUUCCGCCAGACCAGUGUGAUGUGUCAGAGGUCAGCGUCCUUGUGCCUGGUGCUGGUUUGGGUCGGCUAGCGUGGGAAAUUGCGCGUCUGGGCUACACCUGCCAGGGGAAUGAGUGGAGCUUCUUCAUGCUCUUCUCCUCCCAUUUUGUGCUCAACAGGUGUGAGAAGGAGAACUCUAUGACCCUGUAUCCUUGGGUGCACCAGUUCAGCAAUAAUAAACGGUCCUCAGACCAGAUUAGGCCCGUUGCCUUCCCGGAUGUCGACCCACAGAGUCUUCCGGCAAACUCCAACUUCUCCAUGGUGGCGGGAGACUUCCAGGAAGUGUACACCGAACCAGAUACCUGGGAUUGCAUAGCCACCUGUUUCUUUAUCGACACUGCCCACAAUGUUAUUGACUAUGUUGAGACCAUCUGGAACAUUCUUAAACCUGGCGGGGUCUGGAUCAAUUUAGGACCACUACUGUACCAUUUUGAAAAUAUGGCAAAUGAACUUUCCAUCGAGCUAAGCUAUGAAGACAUAAAGGCUGCCAUCUUACAGUAUGGAUUCCAGCUGGAGACGGAAAGAGAAUCAGUCCCCACAACGUACACAGAGAAUGACCGCUCUAUGCUCAAGUACUUGUACGACUGUGUGUUUUUUGUGAUGCGGAAACCAGUCCAUCUGUGCAAUGGCCAGCAGGACUGGGGAGACAGCCACCAGGAGGAGCAACAGCGAACGGAAGGAGGCAACCAGACUGCCACAUGACAUCCCACUGAGAACGUGACUAUCCUGAGAAUCACCGUGCUCUAGAAGGUUGAAACUCUAAAGCACAAGCCAUUGAUUCCACUCAAGCUUUUGUCAUCAUGGACAGCAAAAUCAUCCUCUAUGAAGCCAUUAAAACAGACACUUGCAUUGCAUUUGAAAAAUGGCGUUGCUUAGCUUCUAAGGACAUAUGCCACAUUUAGGUGCCUCUUGACACUUUUAUGUAGUCCUCCCUUUAUAGUGUGAGUUCCUCUGUUGCACACUUCUUGGAGGACCUGUUUCUGUCAGUGUUUAUUUAUUUUCUUACAGUGUACAAAAACAUUGGCCGGGGAAUAGUCUUUUUUGGCAUUUUAGGGUGCUAUUCUGAGAUGCUGAUUUGGAUGUGAGUAACUUGUCACUACUUGAUGUCAAGUUAUUUUACCAGUAACUAUACAAUUGGACAUUAUUGAAUAUCGGAAGUAUAUCUCAACAUCAUGGGCAACUUUACAAUAAACAGAACGUUUUUAUA